AUGUCAGACAAGCCUCAGAUGAUUCAUCUCCCGGAGACAAUGGCUAAUUGGCCCUGGCCAAGAUACAUCAACCCCCACUAUGAAGAGGUGAAGGCCCAGUCGGAUGCCUGGUUCAAAGAAUUUAAGCCCUUCACCGAAACGUCCCAGCAUGCCUUCGACAAGUGCGACUUUGAACAUCUGCGCACCGGCUGCGACUUGAUGAAUGUGUUCUUCGUCGUUGACGAGUACACAGAUGUCGAGAGCGCCCCAAUCGUCCGUGAGAUGGUCGACAUCGUCAUAGACGCGAUGAAUUAUCCACACAAACCCCGUCCAGAUGGAGAGAUUCUCCUCGGCGAGGUGACAAGACAGUUCUGGGAGAGGGCCAUCAAGACCGCCACUCCGAGCUCUCAGAAACAUUUCAUCGAAGCAUUCACCGACUAUCUCAACUCCGUCGUCGAACAGGCUUCUGAUCGUGACAGUGAUCACGUCCGUACUGUCGAGAGCUACUUGAGUAACAGGAAGGAGAACAUUGGCGCGCGACCGUCGUACGUCCCAGCCGAGCUGGGACUUAAUCUCCCAGACGAGGCAUUUUACCAUCCAGUUGUCACGGAAUUGUCGUACUACAUUGCGGAAUUAAUCAUUUUGGACAACGAUCUCGCAUCGUAUAACAAAGAACAAGCCACGGGAGAUGACCGCCACAACAUCCUCACCGUGGUCAUGCAACAAUUCAACACCGACCUGGAAGGUGCAAUAGCAUGGGUGGUAAAUUACCACGAAGACGUCGAAAUCAAGUUCUUAGAUGGUAUGAAGAGACUGCCGUCGUUCGGUCCCACGGUCGACAAGGAGCUCGAGGAGUAUGUUCUCGCGCUGGCGAUAUGGCCCCGUACAAACGACUGCUGGAACUUCGAGAGUGGACGGUACUUUGGUAGCAAAGGGCUGGAGUUCCAGAAGACUCGUUACGUUCCUUUACUUCCCAAGGUAAAGAACGACUCAACUCUCAAACGAGAGCAGGUAGUGGUACCCUUGGUUGACCUAUGA